AUGCGAUAUCUAUCUAUCUAUCUAUCUAUCUAUCUAUCUAUGCCUCUGGCCACAGCAGCUAGAAGAAACAGGGAGGCAUCAAGCCUGGACAUUGCCAACAGAAUCUUGGAAAAGUUUCCUCUCAUUGAUGGACACAAUGAUUUACCCUAUCAAAUCCGUUUGAAAGGUACGGUUGGCAGCAUUGACUUAAAUUCCCGACUGGACAAGAUAUACAAUGUAUCGCACACGGAUAUACCACGUCUCCGAGCAGGAAAGUUGGCAGCUCAGUUUUGGUCGACGUAUGUCGAUUGCGACAGUCAAUACAAAGAUGCAGUAAAGAAGAGUCUAGAACAAAUUGACAUCGUCAAAAAUUUCGUCGCCAAAUACCCAGAUACAUUUCAGUUUGUCACCUCAGCUCAAGGUAUUAAAGACGCUUUCAAAAAUCAUAAAAUAGGCUGCCUCGCUGGUCUUGAAGGAGGUCACUCUAUUGACAGUAGUUUGGGUGCUCUGCGCAUGUUCUAUGACCUUGGCGUCAGAUAUAUGACUAUUACACACAGCUGUAAUACACCUUGGGCAGACAACUGGAAAACGGAUAUCGACAAGUCAUGGGAAUUCAAUGGUUUAUCACCCUUUGGAGAAAAAGUCAUUAAGGAAAUGAAUCGACUUGGUAUGCUUGUAGAUUUAUCCCAUGUUUCUAAACAGACGAUGGCUGACUCCUUAAGAGUGACACGAGCUCCAGUUAUUUUCAGUCAUUCUUCAGCUUUUACAUAUUGCAACCAUUACCGAAACGUACAAGAUGACAUUCUGAAACUGACGAAGGAAAACGGGGGCGUAGUGAUGGUUAAUUUUUUUAACCUUUACAUCAAUUGCUAUCCACAUAAUCAAACGAGGACCACCUUACAGCAAGUGGCAGGUAAAUAA